CUGGGACGGGAAGCAGAUCGAACUGUAAGCUGCUGGGAUCCAUCUUGCUUGAGUAAAGAGUCGAAGCUGAAAAAUUCUCCCAUUUAGAGUCACAAAAACGGUAUAAUUCCUCGCUUAGCUCCCCGGAGAGCCCGAAGAGGGGCUGUGUCGCUGUUUGUAGGAUGUCCCGACAUGAGGGUGUGAGCUGCGAUGCAUGUUUAAAAGGCAACUUUAGAGGGCGACGGUUUAAGUGUUUGAUUUGCUACGAUUACGACCUGUGUGCAUCGUGCUACGAGAGCGGAGCCACGACGACGCGACACACAACCGAGCACCCCAUGCAAUGUAUAUUAACUAGAGUAGAUUAUGACUUGUAUUAUGGAGGGGACACUUUUUCAGUAGAGCAGCCUCAGUCGUUCACAUGUCCUUACUGUGGUAAAAUGGGCUUCACAGAGACGUCCCUACAAGAGCAUGUCACCUCUGAGCAUUCAGAGACUUCCACAGAAGUGAUCUGUCCGAUCUGUGCUGCUUUGCCAGGAGGCGAUCCCAACCACGUCACAGAUGACUUCACAGCUCAUCUCACUCUUGAACACAGAGCGCCAAGAGAUUUGGAUGAGUCCAGCAGUGUCCGACAUGUCCGCAGGAUGUUCCACCCUGGACGGGGACUGGGUGGCCCCAGAGCACGACGAACAAAUAUGCACUUUACUAGCGGCUCCACGGGGGGGCUUUCAUCCUCUUUAUCACAGAGCUCCACUUACACCCCCAGUAACAGAGAGACAAUGGACCCAAUUGCAGAGUUGUUGUCUCAGCUGUCAGGUGUGCGGCGAGCUGCGGGGGGGCAGAUAAACUCGUCUGGGCCUUCAGCCUCCCAGCUCCAGCAGCUCCAGAUGCAACUGCAGUUGGAGCGGCAGCAGGCUCAGGCAGCACGGCUGCAAGUAGAGACGGGUCGCCACGCUACGCGACGAGGCAACAAUCCGAGCAACCCUGGCACCACCAUCCCUCCUUCUAGCACAGCAACGGCCAACACCAACACUGUGGGCGAAAGCAAUCCCUCGUCCUCAUCCCACAGCUCCCAGUUCCUAUUAGCACGGUUGAAUGAGCCCAAGAUGUCCGAAGCAGAUCGACAGUAUCUUGAAGGAGAGCGCGCCGACUGCAGCUUGUUCGUCCAGGAGCUGCUUUUGUCUACGCUAAUGCACGAAGAGAGCUCCUCUUCAGACGAGGACGAGCGUCGAGACUUCGCCGACUUCGGAGCCAUGGGCUGCGUGGAUAUCAUGCCUUUAGAUGUGGCAUUAGAGAACCUCCAGCUUAGAGAGAGCAGCUCUUCAGGGAGGGAGCCUCCGCCGCCGCCUCUUUGAUGUCCGAGCAGCGAGCAGACUGUGUCCUCUGUGCUGCAACUGUCAGUGAUGGACAGCCGCAGUCCUCCCCCUGGCCCCGCCCCCUCCUUUUCACCCUCUUCUGUUUUCUGAGUUUGUUCUGGUGAUUGUAAUUUCAGGCCCGUCACCAUAUUUGUUACAUUGUAAACAAAACCUAAAGAGAGAGCAAGCGGGAUAAAAUGUGUACGUGAGCGAGCAAGUGAGAAAAAAAUUCUAUAAAUAUAUAUAUGAAAUAUAUAUGAAGCUGAUAAUCAAUCCACUUAACUCUUGAGCAGGUUAGUGUUACAGGCAGAGGUUUGCUUCCUGUGACGUACGAAUGGCUCUCCAUAUAAAUACUCCACCUUCAAAAGUCAGGAGGACACAAGCGCCUCUGAUGAAGCUGCUGUGUGUGUGCGUGUUAAUGAUUACUAAUAAAUAAAAAGUUCUUGGAUGGGUUACCAUAAACUACCUGCAUGCAGUUAUUUGCAGCGUGCAUGACUUAACGACUGUCAUUCAAAACGUAU